ACACAGCAACAUGUUACUGCUGGCAGGAGAGAGACCUAUGUUGUUUACACACAGGUCUCUCCCCUGUCAGUGAUACUUGGCGAUCACCGGCUGCUGGUGGGGAAUCUCUGGCCGGGACACGGUGAUCGACAUCUGUAGCAGCCAAAGGCGGCACAGAUUGGCCAAUCAGUGAUCACAUGCAGAGUAGUAAGCAAGAUGUCACUUCUGACAUUGCUUACUACCUGUGAAAUCUGUGAAUGAUCACAGAGGUCACAUGGUACAAGGCUAUUCAUAACAGCCUUGUACCGCGUGACAAGCUGUGACCAAUCACAGCUCACACAGUA